AGCUGUUGGCUUCCUUCCUCGUCAGAGCUUCCAUGAGGUGGAUGCAAAUGUUCUAGGUGCUAGGAUCUGCAUCUGAAUUGGGGAGAAUGAAUGGGGUUUCUGAAGGUUUGAUCAUCGGUACAACGGUUGGUGUUGUGAUAGGGCUGCUGCUUGCUGUUGGAAUACUCCUGUGCAUGAGGUAUCGGCGGUCUCAGGCGCAAAUAAGGAGUAGUAGCUCAAGGAGGUCAUCAUUGGUUCCCAUUCGUGCAAAUGGUGUUAAUACAUGUGCGGAGCUCUCGAACUCAACUACAGGGCAGGAUUCACCGAGGGAGUUUGAAGAUCGUGGGGUGUCUAUGUGGACUGAAGGGCCUGGAAGGAAGAGCCUAAUAUCAGCUUCUGGGAUACCCAAAUAUUUGUACAAGGAACUGCAGAAGGCUACCAGCAAUUUCACAACACUAUUGGGCCAAGGAGCCUUUGGUCCUGUUUACAAAGCUAAUAUGUCAUCUGGUGAGAUACUGGCUGUUAAAGUACUUGCUAACAAUUCAAAACAAGGUGAAAAGGAGUUCCAUAAUGAGGUCUUACUUCUCGGGCGAUUGCACCACAGGAACCUGGUGAACCUGGUCGGCUACUGUGCUGAAAAAGGGCAACACAUUCUGUUAUAUGCGUACAUGCCUAAUGGGAGCCUUGCAUCACACUUAUAUGGUGAAAACAAUGCACCAUUGAGGUGGGAUUUGAGGGUAAACAUAGCUCUGGAUGUUGCUAGGGGUUUGGAAUACCUACAUGAUGGGGCUGUCCCUCCGGUAGUUCAUCGAGACAUCAAAUCACCAAACAUUCUACUGGAUCAGUCGAUGCAUGCUAGGGUUGCUGACUUUGGAUUGUCAAGAGAAGAAAUGCUUACUCGAAAUGGAGCCAACAUACGUGGAACUUAUGGAUAUCUUGAUCCGGAGUAUGUGUCCUCGCGAUCAUUCACAAAGAAGAGUGAUGUGUACAGCUACGGUGUUCUGCUAUUUGAACUGGUUGCUGGCAGAAACCCUCAACAAGGUUUAAUGGAAUAUGUUGAGCUUGCUGCAAUCAAUGCUGAUAGCAAGAGUGGGUGGGAGGAAAUCGCAGACUCCAGGCUAGAAGGCGCAUUUGAUGUGGAGGAGUUCAAUGACAUGGCUGCUGUGGCUUACAAAUGUGUAAGCCGCGUGUCCCGGAAGCGCCCGUCAAUGCGAGAUGUUGUCCAGGCACUGAUCCGAGUGGCGAAACACAGCCGCAGCAGCAGGAAUCAUCACAGUAGGAAGCUUCCAGUGGGAAGGACGGAUGGCGAAUCUUGUGACCUUGAGGCAUCCGAGGGUCAGUCAUCUGCCUCUGGACAUCAGAGACAGGAAUCAGUUGGAAGUGUCUCUGAACUUCCGGAUGUCUGACUGAAACGAACAAAGCAUUCACCUACUGGUGUUCCUGGCUAACUUUCUCUUCUUUCGAUUUGUGCAAUUCUUCAGUUUUGUUGAUAUGAAAAGUACUAGGGUCAAGCAUGGAACUAGUGGUUAGGGAGGUGAAGCAUUGAGCAGUUUUGUGUUUGGUGAGUGCUGACUGACGUCAAGGGCUGUCAAUAGUAACUGUGUUGUAUAGACCUGCACUGUAA